GUCUAAUAUAAAGCUCAGAUGACGAAUUCGCUGAAGCUCCUUCUAAUAUACUCCUUCGGUCUCUGCUGUUGCUUCUGCUUCUGCUUCGUCGAACCGAUAUCCUUCUUUUCUUCCUGUAUCUGCAAACCGGGGAGUUCAAGUUCAGGUUUAUAAGAUCAUAAAAGAUGGCUGAUGCUGAAGACAUUCAACCUCUUGUUGUUGACAAUGGAACUGGAAUGGUCAAGGCUGGUUUUGCUGGUGAUGAUGCCCCAAGGGCUGUGUUCCCUAGCAUUGUUGGGCGACCUCGCCACACUGGUGUUAUGGUUGGGAUGGGUCAGAAGGAUGCUUAUGUGGGUGAUGAAGCCCAGUCGAAAAGAGGUAUUCUUACCUUGAAGUACCCCAUAGAGCAUGGCAUAGUAAGCAAUUGGGAUGAUAUGGAGAAGAUUUGGCAUCACACUUUCUACAAUGAACUUCGUGUUUCCCCUGAAGAACACCCAGUACUUCUUACUGAGGCACCACUUAAUCCCAAGGCCAACAGAGAGAAGAUGACCCAAAUCAUGUUUGAGACUUUCGAUGUGCCUGCCAUGUAUGUCGCCAUCCAGGCUGUUCUGUCUCUCUAUGCCAGUGGGCGUACAACAGGUAUCGUCCUCGAUUCUGGUGAUGGUGUGAGCCAUACAGUACCCAUUUAUGAAGGAUAUGCUCUUCCUCAUGCAAUCCUACGGCUAGACCUUGCUGGACGUGACUUGACAGAUUACUUGAUGAAAAUUCUUACUGAGAGAGGAUACUCUUUCACUACCUCUGCUGAACGGGAAAUUGUACGUGAUAUGAAGGAGAAACUAGCAUACGUGACCCUUGAUUAUGAACAAGAGUUGGAAACUAGCAAGAGUAGUUCAGCAGUGGAGAAGAGCUAUGAGUUGCCUGAUGGACAGGUUAUCACAAUUGGCGCUGAGAGGUUUAGAUGCCCAGAAGUACUUUUCCAACCAUCUUUUAUUGGCAUGGAAGCUGCUGGAAUUCAUGAAACAACCUACAACUCUAUCAUGAAGUGUGAUGUCGAUAUUAGGAAGGAUCUUUAUGGAAAUAUUGUGCUGAGUGGUGGUUCAACCAUGUUCCCUGGAAUCGCUGAUCGCAUGAGCAAGGAAAUUACUGCCCUUGCUCCAAGUAGCAUGAAGGUCAAGGUGGUUGCACCUCCUGAGAGAAAGUACAGUGUCUGGAUUGGUGGGUCUAUUUUGGCGUCACUAAGCACCUUCCAGCAGAUGUGGAUUUCCAAGGGUGAAUACGAUGAAUCUGGUCCUGCAAUUGUCCACCGUAAGUGCUUCUAAGCUGGUUCACAGUCAAACAUAGGUAGUGGGUAAAUUGAAGUUCUUCAUGCAUCCAUCCAGUCUUGUGUCAUUGCCAAUCAAGUAUAGUUGAGUUCCUGUAUCUUCGGAUUUUAGAAGAAGGGACAUUUCUAGUGGAAUGAAUGCUUUGGCUUGUAAUUUAUAUGUUUUUUUCAUUAGGUCCUUAAAAGCUGGUCUAGUUUUUUGGCCAAGAAAAAACGAAGCUGGUCUAGGUUAUGAAUUGGCAGGCUUGGUAGGUUCUGUUUGGUUUAUUUUGUUCUUUCAUGCUUUGGCUAUAAAUUUAGAUGCCUUGAGUUAGGAGAAUGAGAGGUUCUAUGAUUCUUUUUUCCUCUCCCAGGCUGGGAUUUUUGAGUCAGUUCUGUUUAUAUUUGUUGUAUGCUUUAAAUGGACUCUGAGUUUGCAGUGAAAUUUUUUCCCCUUGUCCUUCAA